UACAAUAAACCCAGUGUUCUGAGGAAAUGUAACACAUGUUUAGUGUUUGAGGUGUACCUCUGACGACAGAAGACCUUGAAAAAAAGGAGAUAAGAGGACUAAAAUACCUGAAACUAAGAGGGUGAGGGCAGACAGACAGACAGAUGGUGUAGGCAUGAAGUUUUUCCUUCUUUUGACUCUCUUUGGAGGGGCAGCUGCAGUUGCCCUGAAGGAAGGUAACAAGAUUGUUGGAGGGCAUGAGUGUCCGAAGAAUUCUGUGCCCCACCAAGUGUCUCUCUUCACUGGGUACAACUUCUGUGGUGGGACUAUUCUGUCUGAUGAGUGGGUGCUCUCUGCUGCACACUGCCAAACAAAGUCAGAUGUAGAAGUUCGACUGGGAGAGCAUGACAUCUGGGAACCUGAAGGGACUGAACAGCACAUUAUGUCUGCCAAGUUUAUUCGCCACCCUGACUACAACUCCCGCACACAGGACAGUGAUAUCAUGCUGAUUAAACUGAGUCGACCUGCAACUCUGAACAGCUACGUGAGCCCUGCUACACUCCCUUCAAAGUGUGCCAGCGAUGGGACAAUGUGCCAAAUCUCUGGAUGGGGGAGUCUUCGUCCCAGCAAUGAGGGCUCGAGGUACCCUGAUAAGUUGCAGUGCCUGGACACCCCUCUCCUGAGUGAUGACACAUGUUUUAAUUCAUAUCCUUUCCAAAUCACUGAAAACAUGAUCUGCGCUGGCUUUCUGGAGGGAGGGAAGGACUCCUGCCAGGGUGACUCUGGGGGUCCUAUGAUCUGUGACGGAGAACUCCAGGGAGUUGUGUCUUGGGGGCAUGGCUGCGCUUUGAGAAAAAAACCUGGGGUGUACACAAAAGUUUGCAAUUACAUCUCCUGGAUCAAGAACACCAUGGCAUCUGGCUGAGGAGCAAAUAUAUCAAAUAAUUCACAUGUGAACUGGCAGUAAAGUCAACUAUAUGAUGCA